AGCAGAUAUUCCGAAACCCAAGAUCCAAGAAGUUGUUGUGCACUCGUGUUUACGAUUAUUAACGGAAGAAUUCCAGAUUAUCUAACUAAUGAUUUUCUCUUCGAACCAACGGUUUACUAAUUGAAUAAUCUAACAAAAAUCUUUAAAUAGUGUAUCCUCAACAGUUCAUUCCCUCAAUCAGCCAACAGAAACGGCAACUACUAACAAACAAGUCCUAGAACGCUUAUAUAAAACGGAACAAUCAAGAAAACUCAUCAGUUUCGAAAGAGAAAUAUACGACCAGCUCAAGCUCGGACCGUCCAUCUCAGCGACGAAGCCCUGAUACAAACCAAGCAGCAGCAGCUGCUGCGCUUCUUUGUCUCCCCGUCUCUCUCCUCCCGACCCCCCAAAUUUAGCCGUUACACCACCUUCCGUUCUCUCUCCUCUCUCUCUCUCUCUCUACGGCCAAGGAUCUCAAUCACAGAGAAGGCACAUCAUCAAACAAAUCAGGAAAGGAAGGAAGAAAGGAGAGGAAAGGAGGGAGUGAAGAACAAAUCUUGAUUCGUCCUCACUGCGCACUGCCCCCCCGUCCGUGUGGUUCCAGCUGAUCACCAGCAGCGGCCGGCGUCUUCUCGUCUCGAUCCCUCCUGCCUCUUUGGCCGCGGCUCGAUUUGGGCGGUCAAGAUGAACAGGAUGAUGUUCAUGGCGUGCUGCUACAACGAUCCGGACAUGCUCAUCGAUCCGGACACGGUCUACCCCAUCCGCCCCGAGUGCCGCGAAGACGCCGCCAAGACGCGAUUCAAGCCCAGGCCUGGCCUCACUCUAAGUCCAAGGAGAUGGAAGCUGCUUCACAAUGAAGAAGGUGUCCUAGACAUAGCUGGAAUGAUCAAAAGAGUGCAGCGUGGGGGUACCCACCCAAAUAUCAAAGGAGAAGUUUGGGAGUUUUUGCUGGGUUGUUAUGACCCUAAAAGCAAUACUGAACAAAAGAGCCAAUUAAGACAACAGCGAAGGUUAGAAUAUGAGAAACUGAAAACAAAGUGCCGAGAAAUGGACACGGCAGUCGGUAGCGGAAGGGUAAUUACUAUGCCUGUCAUAACAGAAGAUGGCCAGCCUAUACAGGAUCCUAACUCAGUUGAUGCAGAACAACAAGCUAGUGACACACCCCUACCAAAGGAAGUAAUUCAAUGGAAGCUAACUCUGCACCAGAUUGGUCUUGAUGUUAAUCGUACAGAUCGUCAACUAGUCUAUUAUGAGAGCCAAGAGAACUUGGCCAGGUUGUGGGACAUUCUUGCAGUUUAUUCAUGGGUUGACAAGGACAUCGGUUAUUGUCAAGGAAUGAGUGAUCUUUGCUCACCAAUGUCGAUCCUCUUGGAACACGAAGCGGAUGCGUUUUGGUGCUUUGAGCGACUUAUGCGCAGGGUGCGAGGAAAUUUCGUGAGUAGUUCAACCUCCAUUGGAGUUCGAUCUCAACUGACCAUAUUGUCAUCCGUAAUGAAAGCCGUUGAUCCGAAGCUACAUGAGCAUUUAGAAAAUCUUGAUGGAGGGGAAUACUUAUUUGCCUUCCGUAUGCUGAUGGUUCUUUUCCGAAGGGAGUUCUCUUUUGUAGACACAAUGUACCUUUGGGAGCUCAUGUGGUCUAUGGAGUACAAUCCAGGUCUCUUUUCUAUGUUGGAGAGUGAUAACAGUACAUCUCAAGCAAACACAAAAGAUGAAAAUGCCUUAAAGCAGUGUGGAAAAUUCGAACAGAAAAACUUACAGGCGGCUAAAAAGGAAGAGCAGAUACCUCUAUCUGUGUUCAUUGUGGCUAGUGUCAUAGAGGCUAGAAACAAGCAGAUACUGACUGAUGCAAAAGGUCUAGACGAUGUCGUGAAGAUAUUAAACGAUAUCACUGGAAGUCUGGAUGCAAAGAAGGCAUGCAGAGGGGCACUGAAGAUUCAUGAGAGAUACCUAACCACAGUAAAAGCAUGAUAGUAGCAUUUACAGAUCCUUAUUAAUACAUCUUAAGUGACGAUAUUCGAUUGGGCUUUUUGUGAACUGGAGAAGCAGCUACAUCGCAAUUUUUCCCCAUUUUUGAUACGUGUGUGUAUUAUACAAUUCUUUGAUUUUCUUUGUAAUACUACAAAAGAAAGGAACGCCAAUCCUGUAAAGGUACAUCACGAAAUGUUUGGUAUCGGUGGAAUUAUGCUGCAAUAACAUCGUCAUGAUUCUUCUUUCCUA